GGCGGCGGGGCGGGGAGCUGGCGGGGCUGCGCGGGGGACGGACCGCGCCGGGCGGAGCCGGGGCCCGGGCCGCAGCCGGACUCGGAGCCCGAGGGAACGAUCGGCGCGCGGGCAGCCGGGGCCCGAGCGCGCUCCGGGGGCGCGGCGAGGCCGAAGGGGCGGGCACCGGGCGGAGCCGCAGCCGGAGCCGGGGUGCCUGGAGGCGAGCGGGCCGCUCUCUCCGAGCUCAGAGCGGCGGAGAACCCGUUCAGCGAGGGCCGGGGCCUGAGCGCAGUCCGGGGGCUGAGGGGGGCCGAGAGGAACCGCGACCCAAGCGGCCGGAGCGGCGCCCGGACCCUCCCCUGGGGCGCGGAGGCCGGGCGGGCCCGGGCCAUGCGCGCCGCUCGCUGAGGCCAAGGGAGGCCGAGAUGGAGGCGCCAGCGGGAGAGCCCCCGGCCCGGGGCUGCGGCCCCCCGCCCGCGCCCGCCCCCGAGAGGAAGAAGAGCCACCGCGCGCCGUCGCCGGCCCGGCCCAAGGACGUGGCCGGCUGGUCGCUGGCCAAGGGCCGCCGCGGCCCAGGCCCGGGCUCCGCAGCCGCCUGCAGCGCCGCGUCCUCCGCGCGGCCCGACAAGAAGGGGCGCACGGUGGUGCCCGGGGCGCGGGGCUCAGGGACGCGGGUCGCGGGGGUCCGUACCGGAGUCCGUGCCAAGGGCCGCCCGCGCCCAGGUACCGGGCCGCGGCCGCCUCCGCCGCCGCCCAGCCUCACCGACAGCAGCUCGGAGGUGUCCGACUGCGCGUCGGAGGAGGCGCGCCUGCUGGGCCUGGAGCUGGCGCUGAGCAGCGACGCCGAGUCGGCGGCCGGGGGCCCGGCGGGGGCCCGCCCCGGGCAGCCGCCCCAGCCCGCGCCGCCCGCACAGCAGCCUCCGCGGCCGCCGGCCUCCCCCGAUGAGCCGUCGGUGGCCGCGUCGUCGGUGGGCAGCAGCCGCCUGCCACUCAGUGCCUCACUCGCCUUCUCCGACCUCACCGAGGAGAUGCUGGACUGCGGGCCCGGCGGCUUCGUGCGAGAGCUGGAGGAGCUGCGCUCGGAGAACGACUAUCUCAAGGAUGAGAUCGAGGAGCUGCGGGCAGAGAUGCUGGAGAUGCGGGACGUCUACAUGGAGGAGGACGUGUACCAACUGCAGGAACUGCGCCAGCAGCUGGACCAGGCCAGUAAGACCUGCCGCAUCCUGCAGUACCGGCUGCGCAAGGCCGAGCGCCGCAGCCUCCGCGCUGCCCAGACUGGCCAGGUGGACGGCGAGCUCAUCCGAGGCCUGGAGCAGGACGUCAAGGUCUCUAAGGACAUCUCCGUGCGGCUGCAUAAGGAGCUCGAGGUGGUGGAGAAGAAACGGGUGCGCCUGGAGGAGGAGAACGAGGAGCUUCGACAGCGGCUCAUCGAGACCGAGCUGGCUAAGCAGGUGCUGCAGACAGAGCUGGAGCGGCCGAGAGAGCAUUCCUUGAAGAAAAGAGGAACGCGUUCCUUGGGAAAGACAGACAAGAAGCCUUCGGUGCAGGAGGACAGUGCCGACCUGAAGUGCCAGCUGCACUUUGCAAAGGAGGAGUCGGCCCUCAUGUGCAAGAAGCUCACCAAGCUGGUCAAGGAAAACGACAGCAUGAAGGAGGAGCUGCUCAAGUACCGCUCGCUCUACGGUGACCUAGACAGCGCCCUGUCGGCCGAGGAGCUGGCAGAUGCACCCCACUCGCGGGAGACCGAGCUGAAGGUGCAUCUGAAGCUGGUGGAGGAGGAGGCCAACCUGCUGAGCCGCCGCAUCGUGGAGCUGGAGGUGGAGAACCGAGGCUUGCGGGCCGAGAUGGACGACAUGAAGGAUCACGGAGGCAGCGGAGGGGGUCCGGAGGCCCGCCUGGCCUUCUCUGCGCUGGGCGGCAGCGAGUGUGGGGAGAGCUUGGCAGAACUGCGGCGGCACCUGCAGUUCGUGGAGGAGGAGGCGGAGCUGCUGCGGCGCUCCUCGGCCGAACUCGAGGACCAGAACAAGCUGCUGCUGAGCGAGCUGGCCAAAUACCGUUCAGAGCACGAGCUGGACGUGACGCUGUCCGAGGACAGCUGCUCCGUGCUCAGCGAGCCCUCGCAGGAGGAGCUGGCGGCCGCCAAACUGCAGAUCGGUGAGCUCAGUGGCAAAGUCAAGAAGCUCCAGUACGAGAACCGCGUGCUCCUGUCCAACCUGCAGCGCUGCGACCUUGCCUCCUGCCAGAGAACACGGCCGAUGCUGGAGACGGACGCCGAGGCGGGGGACUCUGCCCAGUGCGUGCCCGCUGCCCUGGGCGAGGCCCAUGGCCCCCAUGCCACCCGGCUCUGCAGAGCCAGGGAGGCCGAGGUGCUGCCUGGUCUGAGGGAGCAGGCCGCCCUGGUCAGCAAGGCCAUUGACAUCCUGGUGGCCGAUGCCAACGGCUUCUCAGCUGGCCUCCGCCUCUAUCUGGACAACGAGUGUGCCGACUUCCGGCUGCACGAGGCCCCCGACAACAGCGAGGGCCCCAGGGACACCAAGCUCAUCCAUGCCAUCCUGGUCCGGCUGAGCAUGCUGCAGCAGGAGCUUAACGCCUUCACGCGGAAGGCAGACGCGGUCCUUGGGAGUUCUGCCAAGGAGGCGCAAGAGCCCUUCUCGUCGCUGACCCCCUUGGGCUCCCAGGCGCCCUCCAAGGAGAUUCUUCUGGCCAAAGACCUUGGCUCAGACUUCCAGGUGCAGCCACCUGACUUCAGGGACCUGCCGGAAUGGGAGCCCAGGAUACGAGAGGCCUUCCGCACUGGCGACUUGGACUCCAAGCCCGACCCCAGCCGGAGCUUCAGGCCUUACCGAGCUGAAGACAAUGAUUCCUACGCCUCUGAGAUCAAGGAGCUGCAGCUGGUGCUGGCCGAGGCCCACGACAGCCUCCGGGGCCUGCAAGAACAGCUCUCCCAGGAGCGGCAGCUACGGAAGGAGGAGGCUGACAACUUCAACCAGAAAAUGGUCCAGCUGAAGGAGGACCAGCAGAGGGCGCUCCUGAGGCGGGAGUUUGAGCUGCAGAGCCUGAGUCUCCAGCGCAGGCUGGAGCAGAAAUUCUGGAGCCAGGAGAAGAACAUGCUGGUGCAGGAGUCCCAGCAGUUCAAGCACAACUUCCUGCUGCUCUUCAUGAAGCUCAGGUGGUUCCUCAAGCGCUGGCGCCAGGGCAAGGUUUUGCCCAGCGAGGGGGAUGACUUCCUUGAGGUAAAUAGCAUGAAGGAGCUGUACCUGCUAAUGGAGGAAGAGGAAUUAAAUGCCCAGCAUUCUGAUAACAAGACCUGCAUGGGGGACAGCUGGACCCAAAACACGCCCAAUGAGUACAUUAAGACACUGGCCGACAUGAAGGUGACACUCAAGGAGCUGUGCUGGCUGCUCCGGGAUGAACGCCGUGGUCUCACUGAGCUUCAGCAGCAGUUUGCCAAGGCCAAGGCCACCUGGGAGACGGAGCGUGCAGAGCUCAAGAGUCAUACCACCCAGAUAGAGCUGAAGGCCGGGAAGGGCGCUGGGGACCGGACAGGGCCCGAGUGGAAGGCCGCCCUCCAGAGGGAGCGGGAGGAGCAGCAGCACCUCCUGGCUGAGUCCUACAGCGCUGUCAUGGAGCUGACGCGGCAGCUGCAGGUCAGCGAGCGCAACUGGAGCCAGGAGAAGCUGCAGCUGGUGGAACGGCUUCAGGGUGAGAAGCAGCAGGUGGAGCAGCAGGUAAAGGAGCUGCAGAACCGCCUGAGCCAGCUGCAGAAGGCUGCUGACCCCUGGGUCCUGAAGCACUCAGACUUGGAGAAGCAGGACAACAGUUGGAAAGAGACACGCAGUGAAAAGAUCCACGACAAGGAGGCUGUUUCCGAAGCUGAGCUUGGGGGAACUGGCUUAAAGAGGACCAAAUCUGUUUCCUCCAUGUCUGAGUUUGAAAGUUUGCUUGACUGUUCCCCCUACCUGGCCAGUGAAGCUGCCCGGGGCAAGAAGCUGCCCAACAACCCCGCCUUUGCCUUUGUGGGCACCCAGCCGGUGGACCCAGAGAAGGAUGCCCAGGCGCAGCCGCGGGACUGCAGCCGCCUGGGUGCCCUGGCCUGCCAGGACCCGGCAGGGAGGCAGAUGCAGCGCAGCUACACAGCUCCCGACAAGACGGGCAUCCGUGUCUACUACAGCCCCCCUGUGGCCCGGCGCCUGGGUGUCCCCGUGGUCCACGACAGGGAGGGCAAGAUCAUCAUCGAGCCCGGCUUCCUCUUCACCACCGCCAAGCCCAAAGAGUCGGCAGAGGCCAAUGGGCUGGCCGAAAGCUCCUACGGCCGGUGGCUGUGCAACUUCUCACGGCAGCGCCUGGACGCGGGCUCCGGGGGCGGUUCCCCGGCAGCGGGGCCUGGAUUCCCAGCCGCCCUGCACAACUUGGAGAUGUCGGGCAACAUGAGUGACGACAUGAAGGAGAUCACCAACUGUGUGCGCCAGGCCAUGCGCUCAGGCUCGCUGGAGAGGAAAGUGAAGAGCACAUCCAGCCAGACGGUGGGCCUGGCCAGCGUGGGCACUCAGACCACCCGCAUGGUCAGCGUGGGCCUGCAGACCGACCUGCCCCGCAGCAGCCUCCAUGGCAAGAGCUGGUCCCCCCGCAGCUCCUCACUCGUGUCCGUGCGCAGCAAGCAGAUCUCCUCCUCCCUGGACAAGGUGCACUCGCGCAUCGAGCGGCCCUGCUGCUCGCCCAAGUAUGGCUCGCCAAAGCUCCAGAGGCGAUCCGUGUCCAAGCUGGACGGUGCCAAGGACCGCAGCCUGUGGAACCUACACCAGGGCAAGCAGAAUGGCUCGGCCUGGGCGCGCUCCACCACGACGCGGGACAGCCCCGUGCUGAGGAAUAUCAAUGACGGGCUGUCCAGUCUCUUCAGUGUGGUGGAGCACUCGGGGAGCACGGAGUCCGUCUGGAAACUGGGCAUGUCUGAGGCCCGGGCCAAGCCCGAGCCCCCCAAGUACGGCAUCGUGCAGGAGUUCUUCCGCAACGUGUGCGGCCGGGCCCCCAGCCCCACCUCGGUGGCCGGGGAGGAGAGCACCAAGAAGCCGGAGCCCCUCUCCCCGGCCAGCUACCAUCAGCCAGAGGGCAUGGCUAGGAUCCUGAACAAGAAGGCACCCAAGCCAGGCAGCAGCGAGGAGGCCAGACUCUCCGUACUCCCCCAGGUGGGGAAAGAUGGUAUCCUCCGGGACGCAGAUGGAACCCCAGUCCUUCCCAAUGAGGAUGCUGUUUGUGACUGUAGCACCCAGUCUCUCACCUCCUGCUUCGCCCGGCCCUCCCGCUCUGCCAUUCGCCACUCUCCUUCCAAGUGCAGGCUGCACCCUUCGGAGUCCAGCUGGGGUGGGGAAGAGAAAGCAGCCCCUCCCAGCGAGUGACAGCAGCUGAGCUCCCUGCCUCAACCAGCCCAGUGCAUGGAUGACGGAAAGGAACCGGCGGAGAGGCGGGUCAUGCCCUCCGCAUCACCUCGCCCUGGGGGAUAGCAGCUGCACCACUGCUAGUGAACAGCUUUCAAUCCCCAAGGUAAAGUGGGGUCUCCUGCUGACCAUGGGGUGGCGAUCUCCGGCUCCUCAGGGGAAGGCAGUGAGUAGGAGAAAGACCAAAACUGUGCUUCGAAGUGUCUCCAGAGAGAUCCAUUGAGAGCUUAUCCCUGGGUCUUAGAGGAGAGUCUUGCCUGGUUCUGCCCACACCCACUUCUCAGAAGAGCUGAGGAAAGGAUACACUCCUCAGGGAAAGGGCUCAUGGAGAUGAUCGUUGCCAAUCACACCCCCUUCGUGGGGAGGAAACCCCAAUGAGAAGCACGGGUUUUGACCUAGGACUCAGCUUGGGGUUCCUGGUGGAGCUGGGCUGGACAUG